CCAAUUUCUUCUCUCCUCUCAUUCUUUCUCUCCUCUUCUUCCUGCCUUUCUAUCAAGCGACCGAUAAUGUUACUCCAAAUUGGUUGAUCCUAAAAGAAAUCGGAAGAUGUUGGAGGAUCAAGUGGCGUCUUUGUUACAGAGGUUACUAGGAAAUUAUGUGAGAGGAUUCAACAAAGAAGCUCUCAAGAUCAGCGUUUGGAAAGGCGAUGUAGAGCUAACGAAUAUGCAACUGAAGCCCGAGGCACUCAAUGCGUUGAAGUUGCCUGUGAAGGUUAAGGCUGGAUUUCUUGGAUCAGUCAAACUCAAGGUUCCAUGGAGCAGGCUAGGCCAAGAUCCGGUUUUAGUUUACUUGGAUCGCAUAUUUUUAUUGGCUGAACCUGCAACUCAAGUUGACGGGCUUACUGAGGAUGUGGUUCAAGAAGCAAAGAAAAGCCGAGUUCGGGAAAUGGAAAUGAAGCUUUUGGAGAAGGCGCAACAGUUGACAUCAGAAAUGAAUACAUCAUGGCUUGGAUCUCUGAUCAACACGAUAAUUGGGAACCUGAAGCUUUCAAUUUCAAAUAUCCAUAUCAGAUAUGAGGAUCUUGAGAGCAAUCCCGAGCACCCAUUUGCAGCUGGGGUAACCUUGGGCAAACUCUCUGCUGUGACAGUUGAUGAUAAUGGGAUGGAAACCUUUGUUUCUGGGGGUGCACUAGACCGUAUUCAGAAGUCUGUUGAACUUGAUCAACUUGCAAUUUAUCUGGAUUCUGAUAUAUCACCAUGGAAUAUUGACAAGUCAUGGGAGGACUUGCUACCUUCAGAGUGGCUUCAGGUUUUUAGGUUUGGUACAAAGGAUGGAAAACCAGCAGAUCAUAUGAUGGUAAAGCACUCAUACAUUCUGCAGCCAGUGACGGGGGAUGCAACUUACUCAAAGCUGCGGCGAAAAGAAUCUGCUAAUAGUGACCAACCUUUACAGAAGGCUGUGGUGAACUUGAAUGAUGUGACAUUGAGUUUGUCAAAGGACGGUUACAGAGAUAUUUUAAAAUUAGCUGAUAAUUUUGCAGCCUUUAACCAACGCUUAAAAUUUGCUCAUUAUCGUCCGCUUUUGCCAGUGAAAUCUAAUCCAAGGUCCUGGUGGAGAUAUGCUUACAAAGCUGUUUCUGACCAGACGAAGAAAGCAAGUGGGAAAUUAUCCUGGGAGCAAGUACUGAGAUAUGCAGGCUUACGCAAGAGAUACAUCUCUCUAUAUGCUUCUCUGCUUAAAUCUGAUCCCAGUCAUGAAAUUGUUGAUGACAACGAAGAAAUUGAGGAACUUGAUCGCGAACUUGAUAUUGAACUCAUUUUGCAGUGGAGGAUGUUGGCUCACAAAUAUGUGAAGCAGUCGAUGGAGUCAGAUCGUUACUCAAGGAAACAGAAACCUAAGACAUCAUGGUGGUCAUUUGGAUGGAACAAUAAAUCUGACAAAGAUGAGAGUGAACAAUUUCAUUUCAGCGAGGAGGACUGGGAACAAUUAAACAAAUUGAUAGGUUACAGGGAAGGCGAAAAUGAGCAGUCUGUGAUAAUUAAUGAGAAGGCAGAUACUCUUAAUAUGUCUUUAGAAGUGCACAUGAAACAUAAUGCUUCAAAGCUUGUUGAUGGGGCCCGGGAAUAUAUUGCUGAAUUAUCAUGUGAGGAUCUUGAUUGCUCCAUAAAGCUUUAUCCAGAGACAAAAGUUUUUGACUUGAAAUUGGGGUCAUAUCAAUUAUCAUCGCCGAAUGGUCUCCUUGCUGAGAGUGCAACUGCUUCUGGUUCUCUAAUUGGUGUCUUCUACUACAAGCCUUUUGAUGCCAAGGUGGAUUGGAGCAUGGCUGUGAAAGCUGCUCCAUGCUACAUGACUUAUCUGAAGGAUUCCAUUGAUGGGAUUAUCAAUUUUUUUGAAAGUAGUAAUGCUGUCAGUCAGACUAUUGCAUUAGAAACAGCAGCUGCUGUGCAGAUGACAUUUGAUGGGGUUAAGCGCAGUGCUCAACAGCAAGUGAACAGGGCGUUGAAGGAUCAUGCGAGGUUUCUGUUGGACCUGGAUAUUGCUGCUCCAAAGAUUACAAUUCCUACUGAGUUUUACCCCGACAACAUCCAUUCAACAAAACUUUUGCUAGACUUGGGAAAUUUGGUCAUUCGCUCAGAGGAUGACUAUGAAAGGAGAUUAUCCGAGGACCAGAAUAUGUAUUUGCAAUUUGAUUUGGUUUUAAGUGAUGUUUGUGCUUUUUUGGUUGAUGGUGACUACCGCUGGAGCCAAACAGCAUCACAAGGUUCUGCUAGUUCUGUCCGCUCAGAAGGUGUUAGUUUCUUGCCUGUUAUUGAUAGGUGCGGGGUAAUCUUAACAUUCCAACAGAUUCGAUUAGAGAACCCAUCAUAUCCUUCUACAAGACUUUCUGUACGGGUGCCAUCAUUAGGGUUCCACUUUUCUCCUGCUCGGUAUCAUCGAUUGAUGCGAGUGGCAAAGAUCUUUCAGGAGGAAGGUAGUGAGAAUUCUGAUCUUCUUCGUCCUUGGCAUCAAUCAGACUUUGAGGGGUGGUUGUCUCUUCUUAUUCGAAAGGGCAUGGGAAAUAGGGAAGCUGUAUGGCAGCGGCGAUAUAUUUGCUUAGUUGGUCCUUUUCUGUAUGUACUAGAAAACCUGGACUCAAAAUCUUACAAGCACUAUCUCAGCUUACGAGGAAAACAGGUAUAUCAUCUUCCAGCAGAGUUGCUUGGUGGUGUGGAGCAUGUCUUGACUAUUUGUGAUGCUGCACGCCCCCUGAGCAAGGUUGUGGAAGAUGCGAAUGCACUGAUAUUACUAUGUGAUUCUGAUGAUUCACAGAGAAAUUGGCAAAGUCGCUUGCAGGGGGCUAUAUAUUCUGCUUCAGGUUCUGCACCUAUCACUACUCUUUCUGAAACUUCAUCAGAUCCAGAGGACUCAGAAACUGAACGUAAUGACAGUGGUGAAGCAAGUAAUAUAUUGAAGAUGGAGCGUAUAUUUAUAACAGGUGCUCUUGAUGAGCUAAAGAUCUGCUUCAAUUACAAUCGUCAGCGUGACCUGAGUUUUGUUAAUGUGCUUCUUGCUGAAGAGAAUCACUUGUUUGAAUUUCGAGCAAUAGGUGGCCAGGUUGAACUUUCAAUUAGAGAGAAUGAUAUGUUCAUUGGUACCGUUCUUAAAUCUUUAGAGAUUGAAGAUUUAGUUUGCUGUAAUGGUGUUUCUCAGCCUUGUUUCCUUGCAAGAUCAUUUGUUCAAAGUUCAGAUGUGCACUUAUCCUUUGAUGAUACUGGGAACCAGACUUUUGACCACAAUAAUUCAACUCCAAGUGAAGGAGAAGACAAGUUCUAUGAGGCACCAGAAAAUUUGGUCAACUCUGAUUUUCCAAGUCCCCAAAAUUCGCUUUCAUCUGAAUACUCAUCAUUCAAGCCUCCUAGUUUUAGUCGUGUUGCUGGCUUACUCCCUGGUGAUGUUGUUCAAGCUAGGAUGGACGAUAUCGAAAUAAUGAAUACCAUGGAUAGUUUUGUGAAAGCUCAAAUAGUCAUCUAUGAUCAGAACUCUUCUUUAUACAAAAACAUCGACACGCAGGUCACAGUGAGCCUGGCUACAUUGUCAUUUUUCUGCCGUAGACCCACAAUUCUUGCAAUCAUGGAAUUUGUCAAUGCCAUUAAUGUUGAGGAUGAAAAAUGUGAAACUUUUAGUGACAAUUCACCAUCAGCAAUGGUAAAACAUGACAGUUCUGGAGAUGACAUUGUCGAUGAUCAAGAUUUAACAACAAUUGAGGAGCCUGCUGUUAAGGGUUUGCUAGGGAAGGGAAAAUCCCGGAUCAUUUUCAAUUUGAUAUUAAAAAUGGACCGUGCUCAGAUUUUUUUAAUGCAUGAAAAUGAAACUAAGUUUGCUACUCUGUCACAAGAUAAUCUGCUUACUGAUAUCAAGGUUUUCCCAAGCUCUUUCAGUAUAAAGGCAGCCCUGGGAAAUCUAAGAAUUAGUGAUGAUAGUCUUCCCGGUGGUCAUGCAUAUUUCUGGAUCUGUGAUAUGAGAAAUUACGGGGGCAGUUCAUUUGUUGAGUUAGUUUUUACAUCAUUCAGUGCUGAUGAUGAAGACUAUGAAGGUUAUGAAUAUAGCCUUUUUGGGCAGCUUUCAGAAGUGCGCAUUGUUUAUUUGAAUCGCUUUAUUCAGGAGGUUGUGAGUUACUUUAUGGGUCUCAUUCCCAACAAUUCAAAAAAUUUUGUCAAAUUAAAAGAUCAAGUAACAAAUUCUGAGAAGUGGUUCACAACCAGUGAGAUUGAAGGAUCACCAGCUCUGAAGUUGGAUCUUUCACUCAGGAAACCUAUAAUAUUGAUGCCUCGAAGAACAGAUAGUCCUGAUUACUUGAAACUUGAUGUGGUUCACAUAACCAUUCAGAACACUUUUCAAUGGCUUGGUGGCAGCAAAGGGGAGUUGCAUGCUGUUCAUUUAGAAAUAUUAACAAUUAAGGUGGAGGACAUCAAUUUAAAUGUUGGCAGUGGAACAGAAUUAGGUGAAAGCAUAAUCCAAGAUGUAAAUGGGGUUUCUAUUCUCAUUCGUAGGUCACUUCGAGACCUGUUGCAUCAAAUACCAAUUACAGAAGCUGCAAUCAAGAUGGAGGAGUUAAAAGCAGCUCUGACAAGCAGGGAUUACCAGAUUAUCACUGAAUGUGCAACGUCAAAUAUUUCCGAGACUCCACACACUGUGCCCCCACUGAACCAUGACUCUGUAGCAUCUUCUGCUGAUGUUGUAAAACCUAUUGCUCUUCAGGAUCCAAGUGGUGUUGAAGCUGAGACACGGAAUGGGGAAGCCUGGAUUUCUUUGAAAGUUUCUGUUGCGAUCAAUCUAGUUGAAUUGUGCUUAUAUGCUGGGGUUGCCAGAGAUGCAUCGCUGGCCACCAUAAAGGUUAGUGGUGCUUGGCUCCUCUACAAGUCUAAUAACGCAGGGGAAGGUUUUCUCUCAGCAACACUUAAGGGCUUCACUGUGAUUGAUGAUCGUGAGGGAACCGAAGAAGAGUUCAGGCUGGCGGUAGGAAUGCCUGAGAAGAUUGGUUAUAGUCUCCUUCACUUGUCAUCUGAUGAUGAAAACCAGCAUAUAUCUGAUUUAAAUGUGACGAAACAAGAUGAGAUCAAACCAGUCCCUACAAUGCUUAUAUUUGAUGCAAAAUUUGGUCAACACUCAACAUUUAUUUCUCUCUGUGUCCAACGCCCACAACUGCUCGUUGCACUUGAUUUUCUUCUGGCUGUUGCUGAGUUUUUUGUUCCAACAGUAGGUGAUAUGCUGUCAAAUGAGGAAAGUAGAACCCCCAUGCAUGAGGAUGAUGCAAUUGUUCUGGAUCAGCCAAUUUAUCAGCAAUCCUCUGCUGAAAUCUCUCUCUCUCCAUUGAGACCUUUAAUUGUUGAUGAUGAAAGAUUUGAUCAUUUCACUUAUGAUGGUAAAGGUGGAAUAUUGCAUUUAAAAGAUAGACAGGGAGUUAAUCUCUCUGCACCCAGCAAGGAGGCUAUUAUAUAUGUUGGAAGUGGGAAAAAGUUGCAGUUUAAAAAUGUUGUGAUCAAGAAUGGGAAAUAUUUGGAUUCUUGUAUUUUUUUGGGAAGUGAUAGUGGCUAUUCUGUCUCAAGGAAUGAUCAGGUCCAAUUGGAGGGACAGGAUGAUGCUCCUCUCACUGAAUCUUCAAGAAGUAUUAAUGAUCAACCAUCUGAAGACACUCUGGUUGACAGAUCCACUGAGUUUAUUGUUGAGUUACAGGCCAUUAGCCCGGAGCUUACCUUUUAUAAUACAUCAAAAGAUGCAGGGGUGCCAUCAAAUCUCUCCAACAAACUUUUGCAUGCACAAUUAGAUGCAUUUGCCAGGCUUGUUUUGAAGGGCAAUACGAUUGAAAUGACGGCAAAUGUACUUGGUUUGAUGAUGGAGAGUAAUGGAAUUACAAUCCUGGAACCUUUUGACACCUCAGUUAAAUAUUCAAAUGCUUCUGGGAAGACCAAUAUACAUCUAUCUGUUUCAGAUAUAUUCAUGAACUUUACAUUCAGCAUCUUGAGACUGUUUUUAGCUGUUGAAGAGGACAUUUUAUCAUUUCUGAGGAUGACGUCAAAGAAAACAAUACCCUGUUCUCAGUUCGACAAAGUUGGAACAAUUACAAAUCCAUAUACUGAUCAGAUAUAUGCCUUCUGGAGACCUUGCGCACCACCUGGUUAUGCAAUUCUUGGUGACUAUUUGACACCAUUGGACAAGCCGCCUACAAAAGGAGUUGUCGCUGUGAAUACUAACUUUGCAAGAGUCAAAAGACCCAUAUCUUUCAAACUAAUCUGGCCACCUUUAGCUUCUGAAGAAAUUUCUGGUCAAGAUGUUGCCAAUUCUAGCUUCUUACUAGAUAGUUUCCUUACCAAGGAAGGCAACUACUGUUCUAUUUGGUUUCCUGAAGCACCCAAAGGUUAUGUUGCGUUGGGUUGUGUAGUGUCCCCUGGAAGAACACAACCCCCUCUAUCUGCUGCUUUCUGCAUCUUGGCUUCUCUAGUUUCUUCUUGUUCCCUCAGGGAUUGUAUUACCAUCAAUUCUGUCAAUUCAUACCAGUCAAAUUUAGCCUUUUGGCGUGUGGACAAUUCUGUUGGUACUUUCUUGCCAGCAGAUCCUGUGACUCUCAGUUUAAUAGGUAGAGCAUAUGAAUUGCGUGAUGUAAAAUUUGGGUUUCUAGAAUCUUCUUCAGCAUCCAGUGGCUCAGAUGUACAAGCUUCUCCUUCCGGCAAUGUUGACAUACAACCUGAAAAUUCGACAACUGUAAACUCUGGCCGGUGUUUUGAAGUUGUUGCCAGUUUUCAGUUGAUAUGGUGGAACCAGGGUUCGAGCUCAAGGAAUAAACUAUCUAUAUGGCGUCCGGUAGUCCCCCAUGGCAUGGUAUAUUUUGGUGAUAUUGCUGUUACAGGGUAUGAGCCUCCAAAUACCUGCGUUGUCCUUCAUGAUACUGAGGAUGGAGUGCUUUUCAAAGCUCCUCUGAGUUUCCAGCCUGUUGGUCAGAUUAAGAAACAGAGGGGAAUGGACAGUAUUUCUUUCUGGAUGCCUCAAGCUCCCCCGGGCUUUGUUUCCUUAGGUUCUAUUGCAUGUAAAGGCCCACCAAAGCAAUUUGAUUUCAGUAAAUUAAGAUGCAUGCGGAGCGAUAUGGUUACUCAGGAUCGGUUCUUGGAGGAAAGCCUAUGGGAUACUUCUGAUGCCAGGUAUACGAAAGAAUCAUUUAGCAUAUGGUCAGUUGGUAACGAAUUGGGUACCUUUCUUGUCCGCAGUGGUUUGAAAAAACCACCAAGAAGGUUUGCUCUGAAGUUGGCAGAUCCCAAUUUACCAAGUGGUUCAGAUGAUACUGUCAUAGAUGCUGAAGUUAGAACGUUUUCUGCAGCCAUUUUUGACGACUAUGGUGGUUUGACGGUUCCAUUGUUCAAUGCACAUUUAACUGGAAUAGGUUUCAGCUUGCAUGGAAGAGCUGGCUACUUGAAUUCUACUGCCAGUUUCUCUCUGGUUGCCAGAUCAUAUAAUGAUAAGUAUGAAUCGUGGGAGCCCCUUGUUGAGUCAGUAGAUGGAUAUCUUAGGUACCAAUAUGAUCUUAAUGCCCCAGGGGCAGCAUCUCAGCUACGCUUGACAUCAUCCAGGGAUCUAAACAUAAACGUUUCAGUAUCUAAUGCUAAUAUGAUUAUCCAAGCUUAUGCGAGCUGGAGCAACCUUGGCCAUGCCCAUGAAUAUCAUAAAAAAAGAGAAGCAGUUUCUCCAACACAUGGUCUGAGAUCUGUCAUUGAUGUCCAUCAAAGGAGAAACUAUUAUAUAAUUCCACAAAAUAAACUUGGUCAAGACAUUUUUAUUCGAGCAGCUGAAAAUGCGGGCUUCUCGAAUGUGUUAAGAAUGCCAUCUGGGGACAUGACGCCUGUGAAAGUUCCUGUUUCAAAAAAUAUGAUGGAAUCUCACUUGAAAGGAAAACUUAGCACAAAAGAUAGAACAAUGGUGACAGUUGCUAUAGUGGAUGCAGAGUUGCCAAGAGUUAGGGGGUUGACUUCUAAUCUAUACGUUGUAGCACUCCGUCUUACACCAAACCAAAACCUUGGUAGUGAAUCAUUGCCUCAUCAACAAAGUGCACGUACAAGUGGAAGCAUUUCAAACUUCUUGUCUGAUGAGCUGCAAUUGGUCAACUGGAGUGAAAUAUUUUUCUUUAAAAUUGAUUCCCCGGACAAGUACUUGCUGGAGCUAAUUGUGACUGAUUUGGGAAAAGGUGAUACUGUUGGAUUCUUUUCAGCUCCCUUGAAUCAGAUAGCAGGAAACAUCAAAGAAAGCUCUUAUCAGUUUGACUAUCUGAAUUACUUAACCUGGAUUGAUUUAUCUUCAUCCAAUUCUAUGACUAUGACUCAAGGAGAUGAACAUAGGAAGUCAUCUGGGAGAAUAAGAUGUGCUGUACUCUUGUCGCCCAGGUCUGAAGCCAUGGACAAAGAUGAAGUUUUUAUUGGCAAAAGAAAAUCUGGAUUUAUUCAGAUUAGUCCUAGCAUGGAAGGGCCUUGGACUACUGUGAGGCUACACUAUGCUGCACCUGCUGCUUGUUGGCGGUUAGGAAAUGACGUAAUUGCCAGUGAAGUAAGUGUAAGGGAUGGCAAUAUAUAUGUGAACAUGAGGUCUCUUGUUUCGGUGCGUAACAACACAGAUUUUAUACUUGAGUUAUGCCUUGUGCCCAAAACUUCAAAGGAAAACAUCAGGAACAUCAGGUCACUGAGUGUUGCAAGCAAACCUGAAGGUUUACAGAUUGAUGGUAGCACAGUGCAGACAGAUGAGAUUUUUGAAACCGAAAACUACAACCCAUCUCUUGGCUGGGUUGGCUACUCAAAUUAUUCAGAUGGUGGAGAUCACAAUCAAGAAAUCUCUAGAGUUGGAUUACCAUCAGGCUGGGAAUGGAUUGAGGAUUGGCAUUUGGAUACCUUGUCUGUCAAUGAUGCUGAUGGUUGGGUAUAUUCUCCAGAUGUUGAGAGCCUUAAGUGGCCUGAGUCAUCUAAUCCUUUAGAAUUUGCGAACCAUGCAAGGCAAAGGAGAUGGAUUAGGACCAGGAAACAAAUUUUGUAUGAUGUAAAGCAGGUAGUAUCUGUUGGAUCACUGAAGCCUGGAGAUUCCAUGCCUCUUCCUUUACCAGCCUUGACACAAUCUGGUGUGUAUAUAUUGCAAUUAAAGCCUUCAAAUGUUAGUACUCAUGAUGAAUAUUCAUGGAGUUAUAUGGUGGAUAAGCAUGGACAACCUGAGGGUUCUGGCGAGCCAAAAGAUUCUGGAAUAUGUAUAUCAUCUCUCACAGAGUCUGAAGAACUAUUGUACUGCAGCCAGAUAAGUGGUACCUCUUCAAAGGGUUCCCAUAAAUUGUGGUUUUGCGUAAGCAUACAAGCCACAGAGAUUGCAAAAGACAUUCGUUGUGAUCCUAUCGAGGAUUGGUGUCUUGUGGUCAAAUCUCCAUUAACUUUUAGCAAUUGCCUUCCCUUGGCAGCUGAAUACUCUGUACUCAAUAUGCAACCACGUGGUCAUUUUGUAGCAUGUGCUAGGGGAGUAUUUUCUCCUGGAGAAACAGUGAAGGUUCACACUGCUGACAUAAGAAAGCCUUUAUUUCUUUCACUACUUCCACAAAAAGGAUGGGUUCCGAUGCAUGAAGCUGUUCUUAUAUCUCAUCCUAGUGGACUUCCAUCAAAAACAAUAAGCUUAAGAAGUUCAAUUUCUGGAAGGAUUGUCCAACUUGUUCUUGAUCACAAUUAUGACAAGGAACAACCACUGCUAGCAAAGAUCAUUAGAGUCUAUGCUCCUUAUUGGUUUUCAAUCACCAGAUGUCCUCCACUUAGAUUUAGGCUUGUAGAUCUAGCAGAGGAAAAAAAUCCACGAAAAAUUGCUCUUCCAUUUAGGUCCAAAAGGAGAGAACAAGAAAUUCUCGGGGAAAUAACUGAAGAGGAAAUAUAUGAAGGUCAUACAAUUGCUUCGGCAUUGAACUUUAAUUUGCUGGGCCUAUCAGCGUCUAUCACUCGAUCUGACCAGGAGCAGCACUUUGGCCCUGUUAAAGAUCUUUCUCCCCUUGGUGAUAUGGAUGGCUCUCUGGAUUUCUAUGCUAACGAUGCUGAUGGAAACUGCAUGUGUCUUUUUGUUUCUACAAAACCAUGUCCUUACCAAUCUGUCCCUACUAAGGUAAUUUAUGUUCGGCCAUUCAUGACCUUUACAAAUAGAAUUGGUCAAGACAUGUUUAUUAAGCUAAACAGUGAAGAUGAACCAAAGGUUCUACGGGCAUCUGAUUCAAGAAUUGCCUUUGCAUACCGCAAAACCACUGAAACUGAUAAAAUCCAGGUUCGGCUGCAAGAUACAGAAUGGUCGUUUCCAGUUCAAAUUUCAAAAGAGGACACUAUCUUUCUGGUUUUGAGGGGUCAAAAUCAUAGUUGGAGAUUUUUUAGGACCGAAAUACGAGGAUAUGAAGAAGGAUCACGUUUUAUAGUUGUAUUCCGCCCCGGAUCAUCAGAUGGUCCCAUCAGAAUUGAGAACAGAACUGACAAGAUGAUAAGCAUUCGGCAAUCUGGGUUUGGAGACAAUGCCUGGAUUAAGUUGGAACCUCUUUCAACAAAGAAAUUUGCUUGGGAAGAUCCAUAUGGUCAAAAAAUUGUCGAUGCCAUGGUUGAUAGUGACAGUAGAAAUAGUAUUUGGAAACUUGAUAUGGAAGGGACUGGGAUAUCUUCUGCAGAAGAUGCUGAAUUAGGAUUGCAGUUUCAUGUUGUAGAAAUGGGAGAUGUCAAGGUUGGGAGGUUCACUAAUUAUCAAGGUUCAACUUCACGUGAAGAAAGCAUGUCUCUGACACCUGCUGGAAACUGGGGAACCUCACAUGUGCAGAGCGCGAUGCAAAAUGCUGCAGCGCCUAUAGAGCUUAUAGUCGAGCUGGGAGUGGUUGGGAUUUCUGUUGUGGAUCAUAGACCAAAAGAGCUCUCUUACAUGUACUUGGAGAGAGUAUUUGUAUCAUAUUCAACUGGCUACGAUGGUGGGUCUACAAGCAGGUUCAAGCUCAUACUAGGUAAUUUGCAGAUUGAUAAUCAACUCCCUCUAACAUUGAUGCCAGUGCUGUUGGCACCCGAGCAGACCACUGAUACCCAUCAUCCUGUAUUUAAGAUUACUUUUACAAUACGCAAUGAGAGCACUGAUGGCAUCCAGGUCUACCCACAUUUAUAUAUACGGGUUACUGAUAAGGUUUGGAGGCUUAAUAUUCAUGAACCAAUUAUCUGGGCAUUGGUGGAUUUCUAUAACAAUCUUCAGCUGGAUCGUGUACCCCAAAGUUCUAAUGUCACAGAAGUUGAUCCAGAGAUACAUAUAGGGUUAAUUGAUGUUUCAGAAGUAAGGCUGAAGGUUUCCCUGGAGACAGAACCAUCUCAGAGACCUCAUGGGGUUCUAGGUGUGUGGAGCCCAAUACUGUCUGCUGUUGGAAAUGCACUCAAAAUUCAGGUGCAUCUAAGGAGAGUGAUGCAUAGGGACAGGUUCAUGCGAAAGAGUUCCAUUGCUCCUGCCAUUCAAAAUCGUAUUUGGAGAGAUCUGAUACAUAAUCCUUUACAUCUGAUAUUUUCUGUAGAUGUACUUGGUAUGACAAGUUCCACACUGUCUUCUCUUAGUAAAGGGUUUGCCGAGCUUUCAACUGAUGGACAGUUUCUUCAAUUACGCUCGAAGCAGGUUGGGUCACGAAAAAUCACUGGGGUAGGUGAUGGAAUUAUUCAAGGAACAGAAGCUUUUGCACAAGGUGUUGCCUUUGGGGUAUCUGGAGUUCUGACAAAGCCUGUGGAGAGUGCCAGACAGAAUGGAUUCUUAGGACUGGCUCAUGGACUGGGGCGUGCCUUCAUAGGAUUUAUUGUGCAACCUGUUAGUGGGGCACUAGAUUUUUUCUCCUUGACUGUUGAUGGAAUAGGUGCUAGUUGCUCAAAAUGUUUAGGGGCUCUUAAUAACAAGACCACUACCCAGAGGUUCAGAAACCCACGGGCUAUUCGUGCUGAUGGUAUUCUGAGAGAGUAUUCUGAGAAAGAGGCUUCUGGUCAGAUGAUACUUUACCUUGCUGAAGCAAGUCGACAUUUUGGCUGUACUGAAAUAUUCAAGGAGCCCUCAAAAUUUGCAUGGUCUGAUUACUAUAAAGACCAUUUUUUCGUUCCUUAUCAAAAGAUUGUUCUAGUGACGAACAAACGAGUCAUGCUGCUGCGGUGCUUUGAUCUAGACAAGAUAGAUAAGAAACCUUCCAAAAUCAUGUGGGAUGUGGCAUGGGAAGAGCUUAUGGCCCUGGAGUUGGCAAAAGCAGGCUGUCACCAACCUUCUCACUUGCUCCUCCAUCUUAAGAGUUUUAAGAGAUCGGAAAAUUUUGUCCGGGUCAUAAAGUGCAAUGUUGGAGAAGAAUCAGAAGACACGGAAGCCCAAGCUACUAAGAUCUGUUCAGUUGUACGUAGAGUGUGGAAAGCAUACAAGUUUGACAUGAAAACCCUUGUUCUAAAGGUUCCUUCAAGCCAGAGACAUGUCUAUUUUGCUUGGAGUGAAGCUGAUGGUAGAGAACCACAUAAUCCAAAUAAAGCUAUUAUCAAAUCAAGAGAGCUAUCCUCAUCAAAUUAUGCAUCUAAUGAAGGGAGAUUUGUUAAACAUGCAAUCAACUUUUUGAAGAUUUGGAGCAGUGAACAAGAAUCUAAAGGCCGGUGCAAACUAUAUAGGAAGCAGGUUACAGAAGACGGUGGAAUAUGUAGCAUUUGGAGACCCAUUUGUCCAGACGGGUAUAUCUCCAUUGGGGACAUAGCUCAUGUUGGCGGCCAUCCUCCAAACGUGGCUGCUGUUUAUCGGAACACUGACAGACUGUUUGCACUUCCGCUGGGUUAUGACCUGGUGUGGAGGAAUUGUCAGGAUGACUACAAAGCUCCAGUAUCUGUUUGGCAUCCACGGGCUCCAGAAGGAUAUGUAUCUCCUGGAUGUGUUGCUGUUUCCAACUUUGAGGAGCCAGAACCUUGUUCGGUAUACUGUGUAGCGGAGUCACUAGUGGAGGAAACAGAAUUUGAAGAGCAGAAAGUUUGGUCUGCUCCAGAUUCAUACCCAUGGGCUUGUCAUAUUUAUCAGGUCAGGAGCGAUGCUCUUCACUUUGUUGCUCUUAGACAGACAAAGGAAGAAUCUGAUUGGAAGCCAAUGAGGGUGGCUGAUAACCUUCCGACUCGGUUACAAUUAUCAGAACCUCAGUGAACCACUUCUUCUGGCAGUAAAUACAAUUGCAAUAGAGACUGUUAGGACAUUUUUUAAGUUUUCCAAAAUAGUGACACUCUUGCUCCCAACAGGAAUUGCACGAAUUGCACGACGAGAGAGUGAAUUUACAUGAACAUCCAAGCGGCCACAUUUUUUCUUAUCUUUGGAUAUUGUUUUGGAUUGUGAUCCCUUAGGCUCGCAUGGUGUAGCCUUGUAUAUUCUGAAGGUCUAAAAUACGUGGUUUUGGCCAAAAAUAAAACACAAUUCUGUUAA